AGUUGAAAAUUGUAUAUGAUACAAAAUUGUGCAGCAUUUUUUUUUAAAUAAAAAAAGCUUUUUUUUUAUUAUCAAUAUCCAAAAUACUUUAGAGAUAUAAUUGUAUUUUCACGUUUCAGAAUUAGAAUAAAUUUUUUAAUUUGAUAUCGACUUCUCAUCGACAGAUGACUCCAGUAGAUGGUAGUGGUAGCUAUAGAAGUGAAGGGAUACACUUCCAGUGUUUUCGAUUGGAAGGUCACGAGAUAAAGAGAGAGAAAAAAAGAUUGAGGUCAUGAGAAGAAAAGAGACAGCAGAAUAAAAAGAAUAAAGAAAAAUAUGGCAGUUGGAAAAGAUAAAGUAAGGACCCUAGACAAAAUAUUUUUUUUUUUUUAAAUUUAAAUAUAAUAAAUAAUUGUGUUUUCUUUUUUAGUUUGAUCCAAAAACGACUGAUAAGAAAAGAAGCGAGGCGGUGAAAGAUGCCGCCUCGCCGAUAGCGGCGAAGCUCGUCGAUAUCGAUACCCGGCUUGCUUCGGUCGAGACUUCGAUCGGCGAGCUCGACACCCGGCUUGUUUCGGUCGAGACUUCGAUCGGCGAGCUCGACACCCGGCUUGUUUCGGUCGAGACUUCGAUCGGCGGGCGGAUAAAUUCGGUGGAAUCCGAGCUCAGUGCCAUAAAGGCUACCAUUAACAACUUCAUUGAGAAGUUGAGCUCGGUAUUCGAUCUAGAUACCAAGUAAGUUCACCGCUUCUUUUAAGCGGAUCCGACAUCAAAUGUCGGAGUCCAUAUCGUAUAUCGGUGAACUUAGUCAGAAGGGCAAAAAUAAAAGCAUUGAUCAUGUUCUGGCAAACCCUAUUUCAUGGUUUGCUUCGAUAACGAUCAAUGCGACAAAUAUAAAGGAUAAUUUCAACAAUUUUCAAUGAAAUUUUUUUUUCUUUAUUGUAGAUUUUCAUAUAAUUUGCUCAUCUCAUUAAGUUUUCUUUUAUUUCUUUUGUUACUUGUAAACAAAUUAUUUUUUUUAGAUCGUGCGUCAAUGUAUCUCAAUUCAUGUUGGUCAAGCUGGUGUUCAAAUAGGUAAUGUAUGUUGUAAAUUAUUUUUUUUAGACUAUGGAAUUCAACUUGAUGGACAAAUGCCGUUAAAUGAAACUAUUGGUAGAGGUGAUGAUUCAUUCAACAUCUUCUUCAUUGAAACACAUGCUGAUCAAGCACAUACUGGUACCUAUCGUCAAUUAUUUCAUCCUAAACAAUUAAUUACUAGAAAAGAAGAUGCUGCUAAUAAGUAUGGUCGUGAGCAUUAUACCAUUGACAAGGAAAUUAUUGAUUUGAUACUUGAUUGUAUUCGUAGAUUGGCUGAUCAAUAUACUGGUCUCCAACGUUUUCGUAUCCUUUAUAGUUUCGGAGGUAAACUAUUUGAUUGA